AUGAAUCCGCUGCCACAAGACUGCAUCGUCGAGAUCCUUCCUCUCACAUCGGCCGUCUCCAUGAUAUUCAAAUCUGCCGCAGAUGCCGACAAUGUCUGGAAUCAAUUCUUACCUUCCGAUCGCCCCGACGGCUUUGUGGCUCCUGAAGGUCUUCGGACCAUGAAAAGUUUCUUGUUCACCAUUUGGUACAUCGUUUUCUCCCUAACCCUUCUUAUUCUCCAAAGCAAUUGCGAUUUUGACAUCUCACAUAGAAGUGAUGAGAGAGAGAAAUUUGGAGGAGACCGUGAGGUUUCUUAG